UCAGGAGUGUUUUGUUAAUUACGUUUGUUGUUACUGCGACAGCCUUAGAAUCAAGUCAGGAUAUAUCAGAUAUGCUGGCAAGAUCUUUGCGGGCAUCAAGUCGAGAAAAAAGGACUCAUAACAAAGACAGAAAAAACAUUAUAGAUGCUGGCACGAAAGGAAUUGUAGAAGCAGACGAUAAAAAGAGUUGUUGUUUUAAUGGCGGGAUAUGCAUUAUGAACACUUUCUGUCACUGCAAACGAAAUUUCUAUGGUCGUUUCUGUGAGCACCGUGUACGUCAUCGCUCGUGCGGAAGUAUUCGUCACGGAACAUGGAUGGCUUCCGGUUGUCACCUUUGCCAUUGCUUCGACGGUAGAAUGACUUGUAAAGUCACCACAAUUCAUGGAUGCAAAAAAUUAUCAUAUGUCGAAGGGUACGAAAACAAUGCCGACUAUAUGGUUGGAAUAGACAAGAAGGCUGAAGAUUACGAUAAGUUCUACGACUACGCACCGGAAAUGGAAGUCACGUCUGGAACUGCUAGCUUUGGAGUUCCGAUUUGGCAAGACCUUUGCAUGCAACCAGCCGAGGAAAAAGGACACAUAACAAAGACAGAAAGAACAUUAUUGAUGCUGGCAAGAAAAGCAGAGUAG